CGUCUUGGUUUUUUUCCAUCAUCCUACAUCGGGACAUCCUAUCUCUUUCCCUUCAAUUUCACAGAAACAAAACCCUCCACACCUUUCCCAAAGUCGCCUUCAUCCAUCAAUUUCGCAUUCUCUCCUCGAUUCCCAAAUCUAGUCUUUCCAUUCCCAUAAAUCGAUCUCUCCUUUCUUCUCUCUUCUUCGUUGAUCCCUCACACCCUACAAUGUCCUCUUCAGGCCCUCCCGUCCUCCCCAUCUCCAAUUCCCAGCCCAACGCUGCCGCUGGUGGCGUCGCCGCCGAAUCUGGAGGGCCCAUUGCCACACCUGCCUUCCGCGCCUUCAUCGGCCACCUCUCCGAUACCGUCCGUAAUGGCCUCGCGCAGCGCCGUCCUUGGGGUGAACUCGUUGACCGUACGGCCUUCGCGAAACCCGAGAGCUUCUCUGAAGCCACCCUUCGGAUCCGCAAGAACUACUCUUACUUCCGUGUCAAUUAUUAUGCUAUAGUUGCUCUGAUCCUUGGUGUUUCUCUCCUUACGAAUCCAUUCUCUCUUAUUGUCCUCGUGGGUUUGCUCGCUUCGUGGAUGUUCCUUUACCUCUUCCGUCCCUCUGAUCAGCCUUUGGUCAUUCUUGGUCGCACUUUCUCUGAUUUCGAGACAUUGGCCCUCUUGGGUGGCCUCACUUUGUUCGUAGUCUUUCUUACCAACGUUGGAUCUGUUCUUGUUUCGGCUCUCAUGGUGGGUGUGGCCAUUGUUUGCGCUCAUGGUGCCUUCAGGGUUCCUGAAGAUCUCUUCUUGGAUGAACAAGAUAAUUCUCAAACUACUGGAUUCCUGUCAUUCAUCCGUGGUGCUGCAGCCAAUGCCGCUGUUGCUUCCUCUGUACCUACGGUCACUGCACGUGUUUGAGCAGAUCAGUGGAUCCAGAUCGAGGAGGAUGACAGGAUAAUGGUGUCUUGAUCUGAUCCAUGAAAUUCAUCGUUAGGACCUGGAGGUGAAAUAAACGCAGAAAAUAUACUUCUGCCUUCUAUGAAAAUGUAUUAACAAAAUUUUAUAUACACAGGGUGAAUCACUUGAGAUUUGUAGGGUUCUCUGUUAUUGUGUUUAAUGUAGGAUUUGCAACUCUUAUUGAUGGAUCUACCGGUUUUCAUGCUUCA